CUGGCUUGUACAGCGUUUUGCAGUCAGCUGCGUUUUAUUCAUUCAUUCACCUGCUCUACUCACCGCAGCGAUCAGUUUAACUGGAGGGAUUUCGUUGUGAUUUAUGUAACCGUGCUUAGGCGUUUGUGCUUUUUUGGUGUUUUUGCGCAUAGUUUUGAGAGUAAAUCAUCGACUAAAAUGAGCUGCGCCGGAUUCACCUGCUCCAAGAAUUCCCUCUGCGCCCUCAACAUCCUCUAUGUGAUGGUGAGCAUGUUGAUGAUCGGCAUCGCUGCCUGGGGAAAGUGGUUUGGCCUGGUCUCCAGUUUCCAGGUGGUAGGGGGAAUCAUUGGCAUUGGGGUCUUUCUCUUCCUUGUUGCUUUGGCUGGACUCAUUGGUGCCAUAAAGCAUCACCAAGUUCUUCUAUUUUUUUACAUGAUUAUCCUGUUCCUGGUGUUUGUGGUCCAGUUCUCUGUGUCCAGUGCGUGUCUGGCCAUUAACAAACAGCAGCAGAAUGAGCUGUUGGAGGUGGGCUGGAACAACUCACAGACCACACAAAGGGAUGUUGAGAAGAGCCUGAACUGCUGCGGAUUCUCUCACGUGGAAGUCAACAGCACCUGUCCAGCUGCCUGUUUCAUUCAUUCCACAUGUGACACGUGUGCAGCAAAGAUCCUGGAGCACGUUGGGGAGGUGCUGCGCAUCGUCGGAGGGAUCGGACUUUUCUUCAGCUUCACUGAGAUCCUGGGGGUGUGGCUAACUUACAGAUACAGGAACCAGAAAGAUCCACGAGCCAAUCCUAGCGCCUUCCUGUAAACCCCAGCCUGGACAUGGCAACUUCCUGUCCUCCAUCCUGCAAACUUGUCUGACCACUGGACUUCUUACUAGAGCUCUGUCCAACAUCAGAAGUGUGUGUUUGCUUUCUCUGAAGCAGAGAUCACUGCUCGUUCUCGCUGCUGCGUGUGCUGAUCAUUUUAAAAGAGUGCAGUGUUCUGAGGUAUAUAAUAAUAAUAAUAAUCAUCAUCAUCAUCAUCAUGUAUAUAUCAUUGAGCUGAUUUUUUGUUUUGAAUGGAGCUACCACGACAUCAAAUGAAAUCGAGGAAACACUUAGUUGUAUAGUUAAGGGCUAAAAGUAACCAUAUUUACCAUCUUAUGAAAAAAUAAACAAGCACGGAGAGAAAAAACUGUGACGGGAGAAUAGUAUCGUUAAUCAGACUCUUGUUACUGAUAUGAAUGCAAUAAAUUGAUCCUCAUUUUGUUUGUUGAA